CAGAGUUUAUGAUCGUGCACUUUGGGCCUGUGCAUAGAACUGAUCCGUGAAAACGGGUCUGCCCCUAGAUUGUAUUCCACGGUUCGAAGGUGAGAAAUUUUCAUUGAACGAAGGUCUUUUCUUUAAUGAACCUCCCGAUCGGUCUAUGUGCCUCAGGUUCUGCGGAAGCUUCUUUUGCCCCGCCGCAAAACCUUGCUCCGCAGCGCUCAUGCACGCAAGCUCAAUUGCUGUGGGGGAUUUAUCUAUAAAUAAUGGCCCAGAUCCCCUCCGCGAAGACCAUUUCGCUCAGGACAUAUAACUUUUAAAGGCAGUCUUUACCGUCAUUUGAUACUCAGUGUUCUUAGGACACUCUCUUCUGCCAGAUAUCUCUCUCGUUUUGCUAUCUUAUUUGCUUUUGGACGUUCGACAUAAGAGUCAGCUUUAAAAAAUGUAUCCCAAGACUAUUUUCGCUACCUUCGCUGCUGUCGCUUCUAUUUUCCCUGUCGCCUUGGGAGCUGGCACCGUUAUCAUCGAGAACCAAUGCGCUGAUGAUGUCUAUCUUUGGUCCACCGCCGAGAAGGCAUCGGAAAUGAAGACAUUCCAUAGUGGCGAGAAGUACACCGAACAGUACCGCUUGAACAAGAAUGGUGGUGGAAUCUCGAUCAAAAUGUCUCUUGACAAAAGCAUGAAGGAUAUCUCCCAAAUCGAGUACACCUUAGACGGGCAGAAAGUGUGGUACGACCUCUCCAAUAUCGACGGCUACCCCUUCAAAGAUGGUGGUGUCAGCAUCGCUCCAUCCGAUAGCAGCUGCCCCAAGGUUUAUUGUGCAGCAGGUGACGCCAAAUGCAAAGAAGCAUACAACAAGUCCGAUGACAACGAUGCCACCAAAGCCUGCGCAAGCACUGCUGACCUCCAAGUCCAGCUCUGUGCUGAGAAGAAGGGCGCCAAACUCAAGCAGAAAAGCUUCAUUCCCCGCCACCCUCACGCCCGUCCGGAAUAGACGCCAAGCAGCGUCCCUGGCAUACGGAACAAAUCGAUUUUGUACCCACAAUGUCCAGCUGGUUCCGUGACAUUCCUUUAAUUAGAAGUGUUUCUUUACAUUUAAUUGCAUUCGUUUACUCAUCGCUCGGAACGAUGAGCUGGGAAACUUGGGAUGUUGAAGACAUUGAAGCCACAGAAUUUCGUGAGUAGUUCAAAGGAAGAUUGGAGAAAGGGAACUUUUUGGCUUUACAAAACAAGAUACCACAAUGUACCUGAAUGUCUUACGACAUAUAAAAUCUAAAUCAAAUCUAUAUCGCUUUUCUCUUGCGCGACCUUGCGGGUUGUCAGUCUGGGCGGUGCCUCUUCUGUGGAACUGGAGGUCGUGAAAAUUAAGUUAGCUUGGCCCAUAUUCAAACGGGGACCACGUGGUUGGCGCGCACGUUUCUCG